AUGGGCGGCAGGGAGGAUGGUUUCCAACCGUCGGCGCUGGGCACCCAAGAGCAUUGGGAUGCAGUAUAUGAAUGUGAACUGCAGCAUUUUGAAGACAGUGGCGAUGCUGGUGAGAUCUGGUUUGGUGAAGAAAGCAUAAGUCGUUUAAUUGGAUGGCUAGAAAAACAAAAGAUACCCUUGGACAGCUGUGUACUUGAUAUUGGAACAGGCAAUGGUGUUUUACUGGUUGAACUGGCCAAGUCCGGUUACACUAAUCUUGUAGGAAUUGACUACUCUCCUUCUGCAAUUCGACUUUCAAAAAAGAUAAUGGAAAAAGAAGGAUUGCCUCAAGUUAAAUUGCGGGUAGAAGAUAUUUUAAAUCCCUCAAAUGAAUUAUCGGGAUUUCAUGUUUGCAUUGACAAAGGAACUUUUGAUGCCAUCAGCCUGAAUCCAAACCAUGCAGCCGAGAAACGAAGACAGUACGUGAAAUCGCUGCAUAGGAUACUGAGACCAGGAGGCCUCUUUCUCAUAACUUCUUGUAACUGGACCAGAGAGGAACUACUUGAUGAGUUUGAAAAAGGAUUUAUUCUUCUGGAGGAGCUGCCUACAUCUGUGUUCUGCUUUGGAGGAAAAACUGGGAACAAUGUAACUGUGUUGGUUUUCCAACAGAAAAUAUAAACAUUUCUGCCCUGGGAUUU